AGGCCGAGGGGGAGGGAGAAGUGGCUCACAGAGAUAAGCAGGGCCCUGGUGUGCCUCUGCCUGGGCUAGGGAGAUAGCAAGGCCAAGGCCCUGGACUGCUGCAGGACGUACAGCAUGGCCUCAGAAUGGGGCAAGCACCCUCCAGGGAAGGGAGAGAUCAGAUCCGCAGGCUGGGAAUCACACGCUUGCUUCCAUACCAACAAGUAAAAGAGCAGGUGCUCAGACCGCCGGCGUCGAGUCCGUAGGAGCAGCACCCACGGGUGGAGGGCGCCAUGGCCACAUCAGCCCCGCUGCGCAGCCUAGAGGAGGAGGUGACAUGCUCCAUCUGCCUGGAUUACCUGCGGGACCCAGUGACCAUCGACUGUGGCCACGUAUUCUGCCGUGGCUGCACCACAGAUGUCCGGCCCGUGUCGGGGGGCCGCCCCGUCUGCCCACUCUGCAAGAAGCCGUUCAAGAAGGAGAACAUCCGGCCAGUGUGGCAGCUGGCCAGCCUAGUGGAGAACAUUGAGCGCCUCAAGGUAGACAAGACCCGGCAACCAGGAGACGUGGCCCGAGAGCCACCGGACGCCAGGCUAUGCGAGCGCCACCACGAGAAGCUGCACUACUACUGCGAGGAUGAUGGGAAGCUCCUGUGCGUCAUGUGCCGGGAGUCUCGGGAGCACCGGCCCCACAUGGCCGUCCUCGUGGACAAGGCCGCCCAGCCCCACCGGGAAAAAAUCCUGAACCACCUGAGCACCCUGAGGAGAGACAGAGACAAAAUUCAGGGCUUUCAGGCCAAGGGAGAUUCGGAUAUCCUGACUGCACUGAAGAAGCUCCAGGACCAGCGGCAGUACGUGGUGGCUGAGUUCGAGCAAGGCCACCAGUUCCUGCAGGAGCGGGAGCGGCAUCUGCUGGAGCAGCUGGCCAAGCUGGAACAGGAGCUCACAGAAGGGCGGGAAAAGUUCAAGAGCCGGGGCGUCGGGGAGCUGGCCCGGCUGGCGCUGGUCAUCUCUGAGCUGGAGGGCAAGGCACAGCAGCCAGCUGCAGAGCUCCUGCAGGACACCAGGGACUUCCUGAACAGGUAUCCUCGGAAGAAGUUCUGGAUUGGGAAACCCAUUGCUCGGGUGCUUAAAAAGAAGACCAGCGAGUUCUCUGAUAAGCUUCUGUCCCUGCAGCGAGGCCUAAGGGAGUUCCAAGGGAAGCUGCUGAGAGACUUGGAAUACAAGACGGUGAGUGUGACCCUGGACCCGCAGUCAGCCAGCGGGUAUCUGCAGCUGUCCGAGGACUGGAAGUGUGUGACCUACAGCAGCCUGUACCAGAGUGCCUAUCUGUACCCCCAGCAAUUUGACUGCGAGCCAGGUGUGCUGGGCAGUAAGGGCUUCACCUGGGGCAAGGUGUACUGGGAGGUGGAGGUGGACAGGGAGGGCUGGUCGGAGGAGGAAGAGGAGGGCGAUGAGGAGGAAGAGGGAGAGGAGGAGGAGGAGGAGGAGGAGGAAGCCGGGUACGGGGAUGGCUAUGACGACUGGGAGACAGACGAGGAUGAGGAAUCGCUGGGGGAUGAGGAGGAGGAGGAGGAAGAGGAGGAGGAGGAGGAGGUUCUUGAGAGCUGCAUGGUGGGGGUGGCCAGAGACUCUGUGAAGAGGAAGGGGGAUGUCUCCCUGCGGCCGGAAGAUGGGGUGUGGGCGCUGCGCCUGUCCUCCGCGGGCAUCUGGGCCAACACGGAACCCGAGGCUGAACUCUUCCCCGCACUACGGCCCCGGCGGGUGGGCAUCGCCCUGGAUUACGAAGGGGGCACUGUGACGUUCACCAAUGCGGAGUCACAAGAACUUAUCUACACCUUCACGGCAACCUUCACUCGGCGUCUGGUUCCUUUCCUGUGGCUCAAGUGGCCAGGGACACGCCUCCUACUGCGACCCUGAGCCCUGCACCUGCCCCGGCCCACACCCAGCAGUGACGCUUCCCCUCUGGGGGGCUCCAGGAUCAUGACGGGGAGAGGACAUCUGGCUGUGCCCCCAGAGCAGGUGUAUCCGCCCCCAGUGGCUGCGGCCCCGUAAGGCUUACCCAGUGCUACUCCACCUGCACAGCUAAGUCGGGCUCUCCCCCAGCUCCUGGGGCUCCCCUGCACCCUUCGUGACCCCAAAGCCCAUGAGGAUGUCCCUACCACCCAUGGCCUUUGGCCCAGCUUGGCACUCUCUGCGUGGAAGAAGAGGCGGGUUGGCGUUGUGUUGGCACCUGUGCCACUGGCUGCUCCUGAGAAGGCCCACUUGCUGUCCUCACCCCUGGCCCCUACCCAUGUCCUCUGUGCUGCCUGCCCUCCCUGGCACCUAACUCAGAGCCACACAUGUGGAAGUGAACACAGUGGAGAUCCACUGAGGAUUCCAGACUGUUUGAACAAGCCUCCCGGAGUGCCAUGGGAUUGCCAGGUCCAGAGUAGGCACGAGCUUCUCCCAGACAAGGGUUGAACAUUCAGCAUUCCACAUCUAAGGGGGCAGGAGCCCCUGGAGCGUCUUGAGGGGGGAUGGGGUGCAUGUGGCUUCGGAGCAAACCUGUGACUGCUGAUCAAUGACCUGAGGGUGGGGCCCUGGGAGGGGAGACAGUAAAGGGAAUCCAGACUGUCCUGCCCUAGAUGGGUGACCUGAACACACCGGAGCAAAUGUGCAGUCAGGGGAACCUCCCUGCCUGGGAAGCCCUGGUCAGGUCCUCUAGGGUGGGAAGCUCGUGCGGUGGCUGCACUUCGUGCACAGGGUCGGCAUCCCCGGGAGAGGGAUGGAAGCCUGCAGGAUGCCCCCAGCUCACUGGGUCUUCCCGCCGGGACAGCGCGAGCAUGGCCCACUGUGCCCAGGGGCUCCCAGCUCUCACUGGUCACCUGCCACCCUCAUCCGCACCAUUCCAGGCCAGGCACCCCUGUCCCCCGUCCCCUGCCCUGUGUGUCUGGACAUUGCACUUUGUAGAUGCUCCAUGCCGCCCAAGCCAUAGAUAGACCCCUCCACUUCUGCCUCUAGUUUUGUAAGGUCCCUGAGGGCAGACACCGUGUCUCCUGCCCUGUACCCUCCACGGCACUAAGGCAGUGCUGGGCACAGCAUAGGUGCUCAAUAAAGACUUGACUGAGCAGCUGGCCUCAGGUUUUAUUGUAACUCAUGUGUCACCGGACCCUGCUCGUCUGGCUACAGCGAGGUCCUGUGGGCAGCAGAGCCUGGGGCUCCCCUGCACUCCUCCUAAGGCUCCGGGCCCACCAUCCUCCCCAUGCACACAGGCUGUCCUGUGUGUAGCUCCCAGGCCAGAGCCCCAUGUGCCUCCUCCCGCUGGGCAGCCCCGAGUUAACCCAGCAUCUGCACAGUGCGUGGCAGCUGAGAUGCAGCAGCAUCCCGUGGCACACCCAGAAUCUGCCAUCGAAGACAGAGCCAUGGCUACCCCAAAGGAAACCCCCCCGCACAGAGCCAUGGUUCUGCCCUCUGAUACAGUCAGCCACCCAACCAGAUCCCAGCUGCGCUGAUUAAUCGCCAUUUUAAAAAUAGAAAAGGAAGAAUUACAGAAAGCCCCUCCAAGAUCGCAUUUAUGAUUCUUCUUCGUCUUUAGCUUUUGUUCUUUCUACUUUUCUUUCUAAAUACAGAUAUGCAGAACUUGUCAAUUAUUAGAAAUAAGAUGCGCGUUAUCAAUGUAAUGAGGACAGUUAAUCGACACUCGAAUCCUCAGAGACAAUAAUCACUAGCAUAUUCUUGAAAAUUUACAUUUAUUUUGUUGAUUGAUGUGAAUUGUUCCCUAAAAUUAUAGUCUACUAAUCUUUUAUUUAUGGAAAAAUUUCAUGAUUCUCAAAGUGCCUUUUAUCUUUUCUUGGAAAGAAUUUUUUAUAUAAUGAGAUUUCUGAAAUUUUAAGGUGAUCAUUGUGUAAUCCUACUUAUUGUAGGAUUGUACAUUGUAAAGCUCCUACUUAUUAAAUAGGGAACAUUUGCAUCUGAACAAAAUAUGAAUGCUUUCAGGUCAUUAUUGCUUUAGUGAGUUUUGUGCACAUCAAACUUCCGGAAUAAACUGGACAAUAAAGUGUUGCAUGAAA